AUGGCCGCUGUGCUUGCGUGGCGUCUUUCGCGCACAGCGCAGUUACACGCCCAGGCCGCUGCGUCGUCAUCUGGCAACCUGAUUCGGCUGUUUCGAGCCAACAUGGUGCCUGCAACGUUGUCGAUGGUGCUUGUCGCCUUCCAGGUUGUCGGCAUCCUUGCCGACGCCAAGCUGGCGUGGACAGAUGCGUCGCGCGCACUGUUGCAGCCGUUCAACAUCUUCAACGUGGAUGUGGACGUGUUUGCAACCGAGUGCACCCUGAUUUCGUUUUACGCCAAGUACGCGUUUUCUGUGCUCUCGCCGAUCUUUGUCAUUGCGUGUACCAUGGGGAUGAUGCUUGUGAUCAAGGCUGUACUCUCGUCGCAAGUGCGUGUUUACGCGCCACUCUCUGGCUUGGCGACGCGAACGGUCGUGGAUGCGGUGACGUUCUCCCUUGCGCCGCUGCUCUACAUUCCAAUGUCGCGAGCGGUCUUGGUCUUUUUUGACUGCUCCAAGCUUCCAGAUGGCUCGUACGGGCUGGACGCCGAUCCCGGCAUCAAGUGCUUUGACGCUGCGUGGUUGCAGACGCUGCCGCUCGCCGCCGCGGCGCUUCUUAUUGGUGUCAUCGGUGUGCCGGUCUACUUUGCCUUUGCGAUGGCCAAUCGUCGCCACAAGCUGUUCGAGCCAUCGACGACCAUUCGAUUUGGCACCCUCUACCGCCUCUAUCGGCGGGCAUACUACUGGGGUGGAGUGGUGGAGCUGGGCAGGCGCCUCUCGCUUGUAGUGGUCUCCGUCUUCUUCUCCAACCACCAGCUCUUCCAGAUUGCGCUCAUCAUGAUUGUGCUUGGCAUGGGCCUCUAUUUUGUUGUCUCGCGGCGGCCGUACUACAUCCCUCUUUACAACAAUGUCGACAUUCGGCUCACAAUCUGUCUGCUGGCCAUCCUUCUCAUUGGCUCGUCGUCCUACUCGGAGCGCACUUCGCAGUCGGGUGCGAUCUCCACGUUCUUGGUCGUCGCCACCGUGCUUGCGCUUCUGGCUCUCCUUGGCGUUGCGAUUCAUUCUCUUGUCCAGGAUGUUAUCAUCAUCCGUCGUGAACAGGAAGGUGCCUUCCUCACUGCUGAGAAGCGACAGCAACUACUUGUGGGUGUCAUUACCCACGAGCUGCAGGACAUCGAAGCCGAUCCCAACGUUCUUGUUGCGGCUGGCGAGUUUCUGGGUGUGCUCGAGGACGCCCGGCAAUGA